GUUGCUCCAGCCAGCUGGCAGGGGCAAAGGACACAUUAUUGUACAUUAACGCCACCAACUAUUCUGGAGCACCCACGCCUCCCGCCUGUCUUAACUUAAAAAUGUACCAUGUAAGUGUAAAGAUAUGCAGGAACGCCCAGAAAUAUGGUCCGCAAUUGCACCCGUCGCACAUUAUUUGUGGUGGUGUUGAUUGCUCCGCCCCGUUGGGUAGUUUUAGCUGAGCAGAAACUGUGCAACUUGAUCUCAAGCCCAGUGAAGAACCAUGGGGGGUUCACUCCUGCCUCUAGCCAUGCGUGUGAAAGAGUUCCCAGUCACUGAGUGCGCCGAGGAUACGAGCUAGAGAGAAGAGGAUCACAGAGAGACUGCUGCUAUACAGAGAAGAUCAAGAAGCAAUGGGAGUUUGAUAAUAAAUUAAUAAAGUGACAAUCGUAGGCUACCGAAACAGUGUUUUGUAUGGUCGUUUUCUAAUUAUUGUUUAAGUUCGUUUGAGAUGCAAGCAAUGGAUCCAAUAACGAAGUGGACACCAAAGCAAGUUGUCGACUGGAUGAAAGGCUUGGAUGACAGCUUGCAGCAGUAUGUGCCUAACUUUGAGCGGGAGAAGAUCAGCGGGGAGCAGCUCCUGAAGAUCUCCCAUCAGGACCUGGAGGAGCUGGGUGUGGCCCGCAUCGGACACCAGGAGCUGGUGCUGGAGUCCGUCGACCUGCUCUGUGCUCUGAACUACGGAGUGGAGACCGACAACCUAAAGGAUCUGGUGGUGAGGAUGAGAGCGGCCACCAACGGCCUGCACAUGUCCACGUCAGACCACAGGAAGAGCCCGACGUACGACGGCAGCACUUCCCGGAAACCUCCCAAUAACUUCCUAACCUCUGUAGUGGAGCUCAUCGGAGCAGCCAAGAGCCUCCUGGCCUGGCUGGACAGUACGCCCCUGACUGGGAUCAGUGACUUCACCACCACCAAGAAUAAGAUCAUUCAGCUGUGUCUGGACCUCACCACCACAGUUCAACAGGACUGCACUGUUUACGAGAUGGAGGAAAAGAUCCUGGAUGUUUCCAAGGUUCUGAACAGCAUCUGUGACCAGACCAUGAGAACAACCUCUGACCCUCUGAUGAGCCAAUCCGCAUGCUUGGAUGAAGUUCAGCUCAACAACAUCAAGCCUGGGGAGGGACUGGGUAUGUACAUCAAAUCCACCUAUGAUGGACUUCAUGUCAUCACAGGGACCACAGAGCAUUCCCCGGCAGACAUGACCAGGAAGAUCCAUGGGGGUGAUGAGGUGAUCCAGGUCAACCAGCAGACAGUGGUGGGCUGGCAGCUGAAGAACCUGGUGGGGAAGCUGAGAGAGGACCCUAAAGGUGUAGUCCUGCUGCUGAAGAAGAGACCUACAGGCACCUGCGGGUUCACACCUGCCCCUCUCAAGAACAUGCGCUGGAAACCGCCCAUGGCGCAGAGCACCCCUUCCCUGAACAAAACCCAGUCUCCAGGCUGUUCCACAGACAGCUCCACCAAGGAGAAACCAGCCAUCCUAGACCUGUACAUUCCCCCUCCCCCCUCUGUACCCUACACCCCACGAUGUGUACCCCUAGAGGGUAAGAUCAGCUCGUACUCGAGCAUCAGUAAGAUCAGCUCGUACUCGAGCAUCAGUAAGAUCAGACCAAAGGGUUCAGAGUCGCCCAACUCCUUCCUGGACCUGGAGAGUCGAAAACGCUUCACCAUCGCAGACUACGAGAAGAUGGGCGUGGCCUACCCCAUCGAGGCCAAUGUAAUUCAGCCCAGGAUGAGGGAACGCAUCAACUCGUCUCGUGGUAAGCCCCGCCCCCUCUCCAUGCCAGUGGACACCUGUCUUGGAGUGGCAGACACCUAUGCUAAGCCCUGGACACAAGGCCGGAAAGCCAACACAUGCUGUAGAGAUCCAGAGUCCUCCUCUUUUAAUGGGACAGUGCUUCUCUAUAAUACAUGCGAGGAUCUCCUGUACAGAUACCUGAGCAACGAGCGGAUCCCCACCAUUGCUGAGGAGGUCCCAUCAGUGGCGCCGCCGUACAGGCCAGUGGGGGAAAAGCAGCUGGUCCGAGGGGUGGACCACAUCCGGGGCAGCCGCUACUAUGCCAACCAGGACCUCCACAACAGCGCCACCAUCCCCUACCAGGACCAUGACCUGGGCAGCAAAAAGACCCCCGUAGCCCCCGCCUCCAAACGCCCCCCUGCAGAGCCCUCGCUACUGGUCAGUUGGAUCACGCGGCUUAAGCUAUUGACUCACUGAUGAUGCUCUUCCUGUCCGGGGUUUCCUGUUCCUGUCUGUCUCCUCCUCAGUGCCUUUUGUCCUCCGGCUGUUUGCAAUGGGCUCUCCCCUCUCACACUUUCUCCCUGCCUCCCUGCCUCCCCAGCGUUACUACUACUGUACUACUAUACCACCAUGAGUUAGUAGUUAACUCACUGUCUUCUGUUGCAUCACUUCUAACCAAUCCCAGUCCCCUACCAACCAAUCCCAUCUCAGCUGCACAGUCAGAUAAACAUAGGAAUACUCAGUGAGCUGGCUGCCACACCAGCACAUGCAUGCAAACUUGUAUUUGGAGGUAGAGGUUUUACCAAGAGGAAAUGUAUGUCUAUCUGUCUACAAAUGGAUAAGUUAUUCAGGUUUUUAGCACAUUUUGGCCUUGUACCUUCACAGGAACAAUUAAAAAAACAAAACCAGUUUUUAAGUUAUCACCUUGUUAUCACUGAGAUAGGCAACUCCCUGCAAAAUUGUUACAUUUUAACUUGCCAAUGGUGUGUUUUUAUUUGAGAAAGAAAAAAAGCUUUUUUUUCAGGUUUUGCUGUACUUGUAUUAGCUUUUAGCUGUUUAUUUCAUGUCAUGUCCUUGUUAGCAUUGUUAAACUAUACACUGCCAGUGGUUGCCUCUUUUAAAAGCUAUGCAUAUAGGAACUCUUUACUGUCCUUUGACAGAUUGAUGUUGCAUUGGCGAGUGACAAAGUACUGUUUCGACGUACCAGUGAUUUUAUUUUCCCUGUGUUCAAAGCCAUGCACUCUUCUCUGUACUGUCCCAUGGCCUGCCUUGUUCUGGAGGCUGUAUACACACUGCUCUGUGAUCACCCUGCUCAAAGGAUGCUCACAGCUGUUUGCCGACAAUUAGCCUUGUGAACAAAGAUGUGUAGGUUAAAUAUGUUUCUGGAGUCACUGGCUAGAAAGUCUUCUGUAAUCAGCACAGAUAGCCUAGCGAGAUACUAUGGAUAGCUUAUAACAAGAGUUAAAACACGAGUUUAACUGACAGUAUUGUUAAAUACCACGAUGUCACAAUGUUUUUUUUUUUUUUAAAUACAAUUGUACCUUUUUAUCUGCCUUUUGUAACAUUUCGAUAGUAUGUUAUUAAAGGUGCAGUUGAUUCCAGUU